AGUGACGUGAGGUUACUUUACCACAAUCUAGAGAGAAAAAGAGACAGAGUGGAAUCUGAGAUUUAAAGCAAUUGGAAAGCUGCGGAGAGUCUUCAGUCCGCGCACCAUGGGCCAGAUCGAGUGGGCUAUGUGGGCAAAUGAACAGGCUCUGGCAGCUGGGCUCAUUUUGCUAAUCGGAGGCGUGGUUGGAGUGGCUGGGCACUUCAAAGGUUGGGAAUUUGCUGCUUAUGGCAUUGCUGCAGGAGCUUUUGUAAUUUUAUUGGAAUACCCCAGAGGGAAGAGGAGAAAAGGAACGACCAUGGAGAGACCGGGUCAGCGCUUUCUGGCAGCUGUUGUGAAAUUGUUUGGACCUUUAACCCGGAAUUACUAUGUCCGUGCUAUUCUACAUGCAUGCCUUGCAGUACCUGGAGGCUUUAUAUUACCCACAGUUCUAGGCACCGUCAAUCUUGGCAUCGCCAGUCUCAUCUAUCUACUUGCUGCUUUCCGAAAAGAGGAAUGGAAUCCCAUACAGGCACAGCAGUCUCAAAAAGGACACGUUGGAAAGAGUAUUCAUCAGCCACCCACAAAUCCCCCACCACGGCCACCGGCUGAGCAUCGAAGGAAACCAGUGGAUGGUGCAGUAGCUGGGGCUGUCCAUGUCAAUGCCAUACCAGUCACUCUUAGCUCAAACUGAUGUAACUCCUCCGAUGAUCACUGCAAUUGCUCACCUAUCGUUUUAUUUUACUGAACAUCUUUAAUGCAGUGCACUGGAUUAGACCAUGAUUUCUUUAAAAGAAAUGUGAACAGAUUUUUUUCUGGUAUGUAUUUUUCUGCUUGUCACAGCAAGAGAUAAUCUGCUGCUUGUUUAUUUGUCAACAUUAAUGUUUGUAUAGUAUUGUUACCUAAAGCUCUCCCACUUCAUUUUUUCCAGAAUUAUGUUUAUGCUGUUGAUGAGACUUGUUCUUUUUAAAGUAUUAAUAAAACAAUGGGCUAACAACUACCAUUCUAUUAAAAUAUCAAUGAUAAUUAACAGUUGGGUUUGUAAACGAGGAAAUGAAUUAUUUGUUCUAACAUACAAAUCUCUCAAUAUUUUUCAUGUACAUAAUAUGAUGUAAAUACUUGAGACAUUCUAGUUCAUUGCAUCAUUUACACCAAAACCAGACUGAAGUGUGAUUGAUGAAUCAUGAUGCUUUGAAUCCAUUGCAACAGUGGGAGCUGAUGCAAUUCUCUAGAAGCUGACACACGCACGCGCAUACGUAACUAAUUAAUAGCUGGCUAACUAUUUAUUUGUGAAGGUUAUUCCUAUACAUCUUUAUUAACUUGUGCUUAAAAUAGCCACCAGUGCUCAUAUACAGAGCAAAAUCAUUUCCACGUUUCUAACCCUUCUGUUUAUUAAUGUGAGGGAGAGCUGAAAAGCGGACCAUCCUCCUGGGCACCUGCUAUUGACAAGUCUUUGAAGUUGUUGCAUGGCCACUUAAACAACCAAACUUGGCAACAACGUCCAAUUUCAAAGCAGCCUCAAUUAGUGUGCUAAUGUGAAUCUUCCUUUUUCCAUGGUAGCCAUUUCUUUGUAACCUCCAGCACAGUCAUUAUGGUUGCUGGUAUUUGGAUUUUCACAGCCAUGUCCACAUCACCUACACAUGUGCACAAAAAAUCCUGUUGUGAUCCCACCAAUCACCAGAGGGUGUAGUUUCUCUGUGUCAUCAGUAAUGUUGGUUUCUAGGAUAUUGUGUUAGCUCUAUCUGAUAAUACUACCAAUUGACCAAUGAUGAAUAUCUUAACUUAUCCUAAGCCAAAUCCCCUGUGGUUAUGGUAGUAUCAAAGAGCAUUCAUUUCCAAGGGAAUUAUUGCUUCAUGGCAGGUUCAUAUCAAUAUGAGCAUAAAUUCAGUACCAAAUUGGUCAUAUUGCAGCAAAGGAAUGAAGUAGCUCAUUUAUAACCACCAGGGAUCAUGCUGUAAGUGGCUAAAUUCAAUUUUCUUUUAAUCCUUACAACCAAUGGACAGAGACUUCUAUCCUGUCAUUCCAUGCUGAAUUCAAACGUAGUUGUCAGAGGUGAAAGCAAUGUGCUCGGCCAUUACAGCACUUCACCACUAAACAGUGCCAGUGUCACGAGAUGUGACUGUCUUGAAAAUCAUGCUAAAUGAACUAAUGCGCAUUUUUAAGUAGUAUGUGCCAUACAUCGCUACUGUGACCAUCAAUCCAUGGGUAAACUAGGAUUUGGAGAUAUUGGCCUUUAUUAUUGAAUAUUGACCUAUGAUAAAUAUGAUAUUGUGAGAAUACUGGGUUUCUGUCAAGUUAUCCAAAUAUUCGUUUAUUUUCCAGCUUUGAGCCUGUGUCUUUUUUAGUAGGUAUUAGAAACUGUUGUUACAAACUAUGGAAAACUGAUUUUGAAAUCAGUUUCUGGUUUGUGGUGACCAUGUUCUUGAAUAAAGCAAUUGUGUUAACUGUAUUGUUUCCCUACAGCAGUAUUCACAAGAAAAAUAACAUUUGUCACUCUCAACAGAUCAGAUCCUGGCUGGAAUACUUCAGUUUACAAUAUUAGAAUGGAAAAUAAAUGAAACUUGAUGAGCUA